AUGUAUGGUAGUAUGUAUAUGUAUACAUACCAAUUGCCUCCCACGCUUCCUUCCCCCGGCCCCCCUCCCCCUUUUCUCCCUCCUCACUCCUUUACCCAGCAGCCCAACCCCACCCUCCCUGCUCCCUCCCACUCCCCUCUCUCCUCUUCCUCCCCUCUAUCCCCUUCCUCCCCUCACUCCCCCAUCUCCCCUCCGCUCUCCCCUCCCCUCCCAUACCAAACGGAGGUGCUGAUGCUGGAGCGCCUUUCCCACCCCAACCUCGUCAACGGAGGUGCUGAUGCUGGAGCGACUCUCCCACCCCAACUUGACGGAGGUGCUGAUGCUGGAGCACCUCUCCCACCCCAACCUCGUCAUUCUGCCUUCCAGCCCCCCAUCAACCCCCUCGGCUCCCAUUCUUCUUCUUCCCCUGUCUCUCCCCUCCCCACCUCUUUCCUGUCUCAGACGGAGGUGCUGAUGCUGGAGCGCCUUUCCCAUCCCAACUUGACGGAGGUGCUGAUGCUGGAGCGCCUCUCCCACCCCAACCUCGUCAGCCAGCGCGGCUACUGCGGUCACGGCGAGAUGGCCUUCCCCUCUCACCACACCACUUCCCCCGCUUCCAUACCCCCUUACUCCUCCCUUCUUCCCUUAUCACAGACGGAGGUGCUGAUGCUGGAGCGUCUCUCUCACCCCAACCUGACGGAGGUGCUGAUGUUGGAGCGCCUCUCCCACCCCAACCGGUCGGUCUGCGUGGCUACUGCACUGCGCUCACAACGAGAUGGGCUUGUCCCUUCCCUGUACCCUGAACUCCUGAAACCCCCUCCCACUGCUCCCUUUCCUGUCUCAGACGGAGGUGCUGAUGCUGGAGCGCCUCUCCCACCCCAACCUCACGGAGGUGCUGAUGCUGGAGCGUCUGUCCCACCCCAACCUGGUCAGCCUGCGUGGCUACUGUGCUCAUGGCGAGAUGGCAUUCCUCAUCUAUUAAUACGUCUCCAAUCGCGCCCUCAACUACCACCUCUUCUCCACCGCCGACAAUGUGAUUCCGUUGUCGUGGCAGCAGCGGGUGCAGAUAGCCGUGGGGGCGGCAACGGGCAACUGGCCUCCAGAGGGAUUCGCUUUGGUCUGGCUGGCCAAGGUGGGCCAAUGAACUUGGUUGCAAAAGUGAGCGACUUUGGGCUGGCCAAGGUGGGCCCGGUGGGGGAUCAGAGCUACGUGGAGACCAAAGUGAAGGGCACACCGGGGUACAUCGACCCUGCCUACAUGGAGAGAGGCCAGCUUACGGUGAAAUCGGACGUGUAUGCGUUUGGAGUGGUGUUGCUAGAACUGCUGCUGACCAUGACAGCAGAACCAACCUCCCUCCCGCCCGCCCCCCACUCUUCCCCUCAGGUCGUCUGGCGGUGA